GAAGAUGGCUGCGCCGUGUGGAAGGAUGGCCAGUCGACCCAUGUUACAAUUUCUGUCUUGUUUUAGCAGGGCAGCGGUUGGAAACACUGGGUUUCGUCAAUUUUCCGGCACUUCUGUUUGUCGGGCGACUUUGCAGAACAAAAGUGAGACAGAAAGAGCGAGUUCUCCGUGGGCUUUGAUGGCGGCGGUGUGUCUGCAGAGGCUGCCGGUCAUCUCAGCGGACAGCACUCCGAUAGAGCAGCGGUUCAGUGCGAUGAUACAGCAGAUGGAGUUGGAGAAAAGCCUGCUGUCGGACCACGAGCUGCAGCUGCUGGAGGAUGCGGAGAGGAUGAGUCGCAAGAUGGCAGGCGACUACAACUUUGAUGAAGAUGACGACGACAACAAGGACCAGAAUAUCGUGUUGGCUCAGGACAAGGAAGACUCCUGGGAGCAGAAGUUUAGGAACUUCCAGCCAGCACCGAGGGUCAGAGCUGAUGUGGAUAAGGACUUGACCUCAGUGGAGCGCUGCCUCGCCGACUCGCUGGUUCUUCUGGCUGAGCAGCAGGUUGGCAGUGCAAAGCUGUGGCUGCUGCCUCAGACUCAGUGGCAGGAAGGAGAGACGCUACGACAGACAGCUGAGAGAGCCCUCGCCUCCCUGCCAGCAGCCGGUUUCAAGGCGACUUUCCUCAGCAACGCCCCCUGCGGAGUGUACAAGUACAAACUGCCCAAAGCUGCUCGGACAGAGGGCUCCGUGGGAACAAAGGUGUUCUUCUUCAAGGCCAUUCUGUCAGACAGUGGCCCCCCCGCAGCCCCAACCUCUUCUUUUGUGUGGUUGAAGAAAAGCGAACUGCAGCGCUACCUGAAACCAGCCUACAUGAUGAAAGUCGACCGCUUCAUCCUCGACCUGUGAAGCCUAAACUUUAUCCCAGAGACACUGACUUACAGAACAAUAUUUAAGAGGCCCAGAAAGUUAUUUUUAUCACUUGUCUGUUGUCUUGUAUCAUAGAAAGUUCUCUCAGUCAAUAUGACAAGUGUGUUUCAUUGUAUGAAUAAAUUGUUUUUCCACACA